AUGGAAGGUCAGCUUCUGAAUGCAGUCCGAGAUGCUAUGAAGGAAGUAAACGAAAAAGUCACUUCAUUGUCUAACCAGCUAAAUCUUGUAGAAGAGGAAGUGAAAAGGCUUAGGUUGAGUGGUAGUGACAAUCCGUCGGACCAAGAUGAUGGUAGUGACAAGAAGGAGUCGGAGGAAGAGGAUGGUGGUGAUAAGGAGUCGGAGACUGAUGGUGGUGGUGAUAAGGAUUCAGCGAGAGAUGAUGGUGGUGAUAAGGAGUCGGAGAGAGAUGAUGGUGAUGGUGAUGGUGAUGGUGAUGGUGAUGGUAUUGGCGAUGUUGACAUGGAUGAUGAUGAUGCAGAGAUGUAUGCACAUGCUGACGAGGUCGAGAAAUUUAAAGGAUAA